UUCUUUUUAACAUUCUUAAAACUGAAGGAAAUUCCAGAGGUUAAUCAAGAAUUGUAUUCCAUCUGAAAAGUUGAUCCCCCAUUGUUGAAAACUGAAGACAGUUCUACCAUCACCAGUAGCCAUGGUUGCACGGUUCUUAACGCAAAGCAACGGACAAGUAUACUUGUUACCAUAUUCUAGGUUUCUCCAAUUUUUUUUACUUCAAACAGUUUCAACUUAGGUAAAAAAAUAAAGUUAACACCAACAAAAAGAAAAUAAAAAAUAAAAAAAAACAUCCCAUGUACACACAAAAGCCAUUAAAGAAAAGUCCCAUAAAUCUGUGUCUCCUAUUACUAAAAAAAGACAGUAACCCAAAGCUAGCGGCAUUCAAGAAAUCGAUCCAUCUCGUUUCCUAUUAAAUUCAACCUUGGUAAAAACACACACAAACAUCCCAAACGUAUCGUAACAACACAACUUUGUUCCCUUCUUUUCUGUCUUUAAAUCUCUUCAGCAUUGUUUUCAUAUGUUGUGUUUUAUUAAUUUCUCCGAUAUCACGGGAAUAAAGCUCAUUGAUUCUUCCAAAUCUUUUUGUCGCUGUUCCUAUACUUAUUUCCCUUCUAGUUGGUGAAAAGCUGAUCUAUUCUGGGUCACUUCUUUUUUAUACCACUAAUCUUUCUGUAUUAAGACAGUGUUUCAAAGUCUUGGUUUUAUCACCUGCGUGGGAGAAUUUUGGAUCCUAAAAGGGUCCUUCUUGGUUUGGUUUUAAUUGAGAGAUUAAGUUAUGAUGCAGCCAAGGGUAGUGGCUAUGGAGGAAGGUAAAGAACCCAUUUCUGCAAACAAAACGAACCUCUUCAGGGCUUUGCCUUCCAGACUCCUUGUAUUUUGUUUGUUGUUUCUGGGUGUGGGCGUCGGAUUAUCGAUCAUCAGUAUGUAUUCAGUACGAUUUUCUAUGGUCCAGCAGCUAGCAACUAAAGCAACAUCCGCUGUUCAGCCUUUGUUUCAAGAUGAUGGUACUACCAUAGACAAUUUUAUUAGGCCUCCUUCAAACUUGAUGCAUAAUAUGAAUGAUACAGAAUUACUGUGGAGAGCUUCAUUUGUUCCUCAAAUCAAGGAUUAUCCCUUUAAGAGAGUCCCCAAGAUUGCCUUCAUGUUCUUGACCAAGGGUCCAUUGCCACUGGCUCCUCUUUGGGAUCGAUUCUUCAAAGGGCAUGAAGAACUUUACUCGAUAUAUGUCCAUGCCCUUCCAUCUUACACUGCUGGGUAUCCGCCAUCAUCCCCCUUCUAUGGGAGACAAAUCCCAAGCCAGAUGGUGGAGUGGGGAAGGAUGAGUAUGUGUGAGGCAGAGAGAAGACUCCUUGCCAAUGCAUUGCUCGACAUCUCCAAUGAAUGGUUUAUUCUCUUAUCCGAAUCCUGCAUUCCUCUGCACAACUUCAGCAUAAUCUAUCAUUACAUAUCGAGAUCAAGGUACAGUUUUAUGGGUUCAUUCGAUGAACCUGGACCUUACGGGAGAGGGCGCUACAACCCACACAUGGAACCAGAAGUCACACUGAGCCAAUGGCGUAAGGGGUCUCAAUGGUUUGAAGUUAACAGAAAGCUUGCAAUCGAUAUAGUUGUGGACACCACUUAUUAUCCCAAGUUCAAAAAAUUCUGCCGUCCAGCUUGUUAUGUCGACGAGCACUAUUUCCCAACAAUGCUGACCAUCCAAUCGCCUCAUCUAUUGGCGAACCGGACUCUUACUUGGACCGACUGGUCAAGGGGUGGAGCUCAUCCGGCCACAUUCGGGAAAGCUGACAUAACAGAAGGUUUCUUUAAGAAAAUUUUUGAAGGUCAAGUCUGUCUAUAUAAUGGCCAGCCAUCAACUGUUUGCUAUCUUUUUGCAAGGAAGUUUGCUCCAAGUGCUUUGGAUCCUUUAUUAGGGUUGGCAUCCAAAGUUUUCAGGUAUUGAUUAGGGAUUAUGUAAAUUAUGCAAAUGAAUUAUACUUAAAAGCUAACCCUGUCUCCGUUAGCGAGGAUUAAAUUCAAAGGGUUACAAAAGUAGAGAUUUGAGACCCAUAAAUAUCUUUUUUGUUAUUGUUAGUUUAUUGUUAUACUAAUUAUAUUGGUAAUAAAAACAUAUAAAUAUCAAUACAUAA